UUGACAUGUCAAAACCCACGGCAUUUUCUUUCAUUUUCUCCUCUGCUAAAUCAAAUCAACAACGACGACUUCGCUGCGACUUUUCUCUUCUUUCUCUCUUCUAAAUCUCUCUCUCAACUUCUCUUCUGCUAAGCUUCAGCAGAUACAACUAUGCCCAACAGAGGCGGCUUCAAUCUCAGGCUCGAUGUUCCUCCUGAUGAAGAUUCUCUUGCCAAAUUUCUAACUCAAAGUGGUACAUUUCGUCAUGGUGAUCUUCUGGUUAAUUUGGAUGGAAUUCGAAUUGUCCCCCAAACUGAUUCUGAUGCUCCUCCUCCCCUCAAGCCGUUGGACAACCAGAUAAGCUUGGCUGAUGUAGACACAAUUAAGGUCAUUGGAAAAGGUAGUGGUGGACUUGUGCAGCUGGUACAGCACAAAUGGACUAACCAGUUCUUUGCUUUGAAGGUUAUUCAGAUGAACAUUGAAGAGUCUGCUCGCAAGCAGACCGCACAAGAAUUGAAAAUCAAUCAGUCACUUGAAUGUCCCUAUGUUGUUGCCUGCUACCAGUGUUUUUACCAGAAUGAGGCUUUCUCAAUAAUUCUGGAGUACAUGGAUGGUGGAUCCCUUGUAGAUUUAUUGAAAAAAGUUAAAACUAUCCCAGAAGAGUAUCUUGCAGCCAUCUGUAAACAGGUGGUAAGAGGUAUGUAUUAUCUUCACCAUGAGAAGCACAUCAUUCAUAGAGACUUAAAGCCAUCAAAUUUGUUGAUAAAUCAUAGAGGAGAAGUCAAGAUUACUGAUUUUGGUGUUAGUGCAAUUGUUGCAAGUACUUCCGCCCAGGCUAAUACUAAAAUCGGGACGUAUCACUAUAUGGCUCCUGAGAGAUUCAGUGAAGAAAGCUAUGGUGCCAAAAGUGACAUCUGGAGCUUUGGUUUGGUUGUGCUAGAAUGUGCAACAGGAAAAUUUCCCUAUCCACUACCAGAUGAAGAUGAUGGUUGGAUUAAUUAUUUUUCAAUUAUGCAGACCAUUAUUGAGCAGCCACCACCUUGUGCCCCCUCUGACCUGUUUUCUCCUGAGUUCUGUUCAUUUGUAUCCUCGUGCUUACAGAAAGAUCCAAAGGCUAGGCUCUCAGCUCAACAGCUAAUGGAACAUCCUUUCCUCAGUAUGUAUGAUGAUUUGUAUAUUGAUCUGGCAUCAUACUUCUCGAAUGCUGGAUCUCCACUCACAACCUUGUAGGAUCCGUUCUGGUACAAAACACGAUGAGAUUGAGGCAAUGUUCUAUCAGAGCAAAAGAAAUUAGAUGCGGAAUUCUUGUCCCAAAAACCACACAAUGCUUGGUGGAUGUUGAAGGGUGCUAAUGCCAUGAGCCCUUGAGACUUUAGAGUUAGGAAGAUGUAUUUUUGUUCAUGACAGAAAGCUUUUGAUUGAUGCAGUUGAAGCAUUGAAAUGAUCAGCUGUCCAACUGCAGUAUCUGUCAACUUUAGGUUUUUACUCUUGAAGGAAUCAAUGUUUUGUCAGUAUUUCAUGCACGUGUAUUGCUAAGCUAAAUUAUGGGCAUUACUCAAUGCUUGAACUACACUAUUUGAUAUUGCUAAGCUAAAUUAUGGGCAUUACUCGAUGCUUGAACUACACUAUUUGAUGUAUUCUAUUGGGCAUUGGUUCCCCAGGUUAGCUUUGUGGUUGGUUUUCUGAAUACUAUCUCUUAUGGAAUUUUUUUUUCCAUUGAUCA